AUGGAAGCUCUUUCGAGUUCGGCUUUGCAAAUUCAGAGAUUCUCAGAGAGCUCCUUGCUGACCCACGCUCCCAAAACCAGCAAUAAGCAUUGUUCUUUCUUGAGGGUCGGUCCUAGUUUAACCGCUACGCCGUCGUUUCGAUGCGUGUCUCGGGUUUCAGCCCUCGCGCAUGAAAUUUCCGAUGACGACGGCGGUAAAGAGGAUGCUCGGUUGAAUUGCGAUAAUGGGUUUCCGGGUUUUGUGCCGGAUGAAAGUCUCUUGCUCUCGGAGGGUGAUACGAGCCUUAAACAGAGUAGUGAAAUGGAUGCUGAUUUUACAUCCAAUCAAUUUAUGGUCUCGUAUGGAAAUGUAAGUGGAGGUGGAACAAGAGCUGGGCUUUUCAGGACACCCAUAUCUGGCGGAGUACAGAGUGCAACAUCUGCACACGGCUUACCUAGACCAGCCUUAGCUGUCAGGAAUCUAAUGGAACAGGCUAGAUUUGCUCACUUAUGUACUGUGAUGUCACGUAUGCACCAUCGUCGAGAAGGUUAUCCGUUUGGUUCGCUCGUGGAUUUUGCACCCGAUCAUCUUGGACAUCCAAUUUUGUCAUUCUCUCCAUUGGCUAUACACACUAGGAACUUGUUAGCCGAUCCAAGAUGCACCUUAGUUGUACAGAUUCCUGGAUGGAGUGGCUUGUCAAAUGCACGAGUGACAAUCUUUGGCGAUGUAUACCCGCUCCCUGAAGACAAGCAGGAAUGGGCCCAUAAGCAGUACAUAGCAAAACACCAUCAAGGACCUUCUCAGCAGUGGGGAAAUUUCUACUACUUUCGAAUGCAGAACAUAAGUGAUAUAUAUUUCAUUGGAGGCUUUGGGACAGUUGCUUGGGUUGAUCUCAAAGAAUAUGAAACCAUUCAACCCGAUAAGAUUGCUGUUGAUGGAGGCGAACAGAAUUUAAAGGAACUAAAUGCAAUAUUUUCGAAGCCUCUGAAAGAGCUUUUGUCCAAGGAAGCUGAGGUAGAUGAUGCUGCUCUUAUAUCCAUCGACAGUAAAGGAGUUGAUGUUCGGGCCCGCCAAGGAGUCCAGUUUAAUGUUCAGAGGAUUUCAUUUGAAGAAACGCGGGGUGUUGAAACACUAGACGAGGCAAAGAAAGCGCUUUGGAAAAUAAUCGAUAGAGGCCGAAUACCCAGUUUGCAACAAUGA